GCGCAAGCGGCGGACUGCUUACAAACUUGGGUCUCUGUCCUCACACGCUCGACUGCGUUCGCGCAUCAACAUUCCAAUAACUUAUUUUUAAACGAAAGCUUCCAUUCCAGUGACAUAAACGAAUGUAAAUAGUGCCUCUGAAACAAAUACAAGAUUUACAUGGAUUCCUUGUAUUUGUGAAAUUAUUUGUGAUAUGUGAAAUGUUGCGGAUUUUUCUUUCGAGUUCGUAUGACGGAGUGGCUUAAGUGCUUCGACGAAGUGUUUGUGGAUACCAAAAGCUUUGCCAGUCGGAUGUUCGGAGCGUCAAAGAUGACGAUGUGGAUACUUCUGUUACUCUUCACACCGUUUGUGGUCGGCCAGCAGCCAUGGGUGCCGUGUUCGGAACUGAACGAUGACCUUCGUUACCCUUGCCGGUGUCGAGUACAAGUGGACAGAGCCCUACAGCUGCGUAUCUUGAUGAAUUGUGACAGGGUCGUUUUUGCUGGAGAUUUUCCACCGUUACCAUAUGGGGCACCAAUUGUCUCGUUCAGUCAGAAAUGGGCUGGUCAGCAAUCUUUGCCAACACAAAUAUUUUCAUCAUACGGCCUACCACUUAAAGAAUUGGACUUCUCUCAUAAUAGUCUUCGGCGUCUACCCGAUCGUCUUCUAUCAGGAAUUCGUGGCAACAUAACCAAAGUAGUUCUAGCAGACAACCUGCUUGGUGAUAAUCUGAACCCAAUAUUCUCUACCGCAGAGUUUCAUAACUUACCAGCCCUGGAGGAGCUAGACUUAAGUGGAAAUAGUAUAAGAGGUCUGGAAGAGGGUCUCUUGAUAGGGUGUGAUGUUUUAAAAGUAUUACGCCUGGACCGUAACAAUAUGAAUUUCGUUCCAUCUUCCUCACUCAACGGCCCACAGUCAUUAAAAGUUCUCUCGCUCAGGGAAAACAGAAUAGGUACAAUAAGGCAAGCGACAUUCGUUUCACAGAAGACACUUGAGGAAGUUGAUUUGCAUAGUAAUAUGGUUUCGACGAUUGAGGGUGGUGCGUUUAUUAGCCUGAGCGAACUACAAAGCCUCGAUCUUGGCCGUAACAGGCUCUCAAAGUUCAACAGUGAUGUAUUUCAAGGAAUUGAGAACUUGGAAAAAUUGGAUCUCUCUGAGAAUUUCAUAGCAGAUUUCCCGACCGUUGCCCUUAAGUCAUUCGCGAGCCUCAAAAAUUUAAAUCUAUCCAGCAACAUGAUAUCGAAUAUGGAUCCAAGUCAUCUUAACUCCUUGACCUCAUUGCAAGUAUUGGACUUAAGUAGGAACAACCUGGUGAAGCUGUCUCCUGGAACUUUUGUGGGUCUCACCGAUUUACGUUAUUUAGAUGUUGGAGUCAAUUCACUGCGAACCGUUGAAGAUGAUGCAUUUGACGGUUUGACAAGUCUUCAAACACUUUUGCUGAGGGAUAAUAAUAUUCUUCUUAUUCCUACAACUGCAUUAUCUCGGCUACCAAGCCUUACAUCUAUACACUUGGGCUUUAAUAGAGUAACAGCUCUUUCAAGCGAUAUACUGCGAGCAGUCUCAGAUAGAAUUAAUUCGUUAGUAUUAUCAAGAAACGUUAUCAGAGAGCUACCACAAGGUGCAUUUGAGCAUUUUAAAAAUUUAAGACAUUUGGAUCUAUCAGGAAAUCUCUUAAACACUAUAUCAGCGGAAGUUUUUAGUGGAUUGGAGACUACUUUAGAAUUUUUAUCGUUAAAUCAAAACAGAAUACUGGGUUUCACUGGGCAGCAGCUCAAGUUUGUUAAUCUUUGGUUUUUAGAUAUUUCUGGAAAUCAAAUGUCGGAAAUUCCUAUUGAUGCUUUUCAGUCCAUCCCGAGUUUAACGCAUCUCAACAUGAGUCACAAUUUACAUAUCAAUGUUUUGCCACAGAGUGUAUUCAACCAAAAUGAUGCUUUGAUUUCAGUUGACAUUAGCCACGUUGGAUUAAAAGCACUUCCAGUUAAUUUGUUUUCAAAAAAUCACAACUUGGAACAGAUUUACCUAUCUCAUAAUAAUUUACAAGAAAUAUCAGAGAAUUCUUUUAAGAACCUCAAAAAUUUAACGCAUCUUGAUCUUUCGUAUAAUUAUAUCGUGACGAUAAGAACUCCAGCAUUUGUCAAUGUGAUGUCCAUUCAAUAUUUAUCGUUAAAAGGCAACCAAUUAAACGCUUUUAAAGGAGAAUUCUUCAACACGGGAACAAGCUUAGAAGUUAUUGACGUUUCGGAUAAUCAGUUAAGCUACCUAUUUCCUUCUUCGUUUAAAAUUCAUCCUCGACUUAGAGAAAUUAUACUGACGAACAAUAAGUUUAACUUUUUCCCUUCUGAAUUAAUAAGUACUUUACAGUAUUUAGAACUAGUAGAUUUAUCUGGAAACGCUUUGAAAAACGUUGACGAACUUGAUUUUGCGCGUCUUCCAAAGUUAAAAUCAAUUUUGCUGGCUAGAAAUGAACUCGAAUCUGUCAGUGAAAUGGCAUUCCAUAAUUCCAGUCAAAUUCAACAUUUGGACCUAUCAUACAACAAAAUUGAUCGUAUUGGAGACAGGCUAUUUGAAGGUCUCAUAAGACUAGAACAUUUAAAUUUGGCCGGAAAUCUACUAACUGAGCUACCAGAUAACGUUUUUGAUAGGUCCAGACUUCAUAUGCUCGAAUCGAUUACACUCAGUCACAAUUUAUUUGAACAAGCUCCCCUUAAGGCCUUGCAAAAACAAUACUUCUUUGUGUCGUCGGUUGAUCUGUCACAUAAUGAUAUUACCGAUAUACCAGCGGAGGAUAGCGUGAUGGUAAAUAUAAAAAAAUUGGACCUCUCAUUUAAUCCUUUGUCUGAAAAAACGAUUAACAAUGUUUUGACCGAACCAAAAACUGUUAGAGAUUUAAACUUAGCGGGAACUGGCAUGAAAUCGGUCGGCCAGCUAGAAACACCAUUUUUAUAUAAGUUGAACUUAUCAUAUAACAAUAUUACUAAAUUAUCUGAGAAAACAUUUACCAGAACUACUUUAUUGGAAUCAUUAGAUCUCUCGCACAACCAGAUUGGAGAUAUAUCUAAUUCAUUAGCGAUUUCUUGGCCAAAACUAAAAAAUCUUCAAAGACUAAAUGUUUCUGAUAAUCCUGUUAUCAUGGUCUUAGAAGGCAAUUUUGAAGGUCUUUCGUCACUUCGAAUACUGGAUUUGAGGAACUUAGAGAAAUGUACAAAAAUUGAAAAGAAUGCCUUUAGAACAUUGGCUAAUUUAGUGGAACUUCGUGCUUAUGGAUAUCCAAGAUUGGGCUACUUUGAUGUUCAGGGUGCUUUACAAUAUGUAUUAGCUCUUGAAAAAUUAGACGUUGAAGUAAAAGAUACUAACAUUGGUGCUGAUCAAUUACAUUCAACAUUACAUCCACGCCUGGAAGAAUUAGGAUUAAGAGGCAACCGAUUAAAGACAGUAUCAUCUGGUGUACUGGCGGGUCUUAAGGCACCCGCUAUAAUAGUCCGUUUUCGGAAUACUUCUGUUUCAAAUCUUCCACCAGCAUUAUUAUUUCCUUUGCCACGUUCAUCGCGUAUAACAAUUGACGUAGGUGGAAGUCAACUAUCUACUUUGCAGCCACAAUUAUUGGUUGCACUAGACGAUCGUCGAGCAGAUCUGUCAAUGUUUGGCUUGGACACAAAUCCUAUCCGCUGUGAUUGCAACUCAAGAGCUUUGAGACGCUGGAUUCCAACUGUAGGCAUUGAAGAAGUCCGAUGUAAUUCUCCAGAUCAUUUAUCUGGAUUUUUACUCGUUGAGAUAGGGGAUGAUGAGUUAUCCUGUGACAGUAAAAGAAGAACCACAGCUACGUCUUCUAGUGCUUCAACGACUUUACCACCACGACUUGUACAUCGCACCUCUGCCGAACCUGACAUUAUCUGGUCAGUCGCUCCAUCGCACGAACGUCCAAAAGUCGCUGGUGAACCAAAAGGAGCACCUGUUAUUGGUGUAGCCACUUCAACAAAUGAUGAUAACCUAAUAAUCGGAAUAGUCGGUGGAGUGGUCGCAUUUAUAGCUAUACUGAUUGUUGCCAUAUGUAUCGUUCGUUUGCGGAUGACGACGACUUCGUACAGAGGUGGUCCAUUAGCUAAUAGUCCAGGGGCAGGUGCGGCUCAAAUGUGGGGUGCAGCUUGGCCAGGCUAUGCAGCUACGUUGCCUCCACCAUCGUUAUCUACCGCUACAUUGCCCCACAAAGUUCAAGGUGGUCCGGGAUCAGUUCGGUACUUAGCACCACCGCCACCAGCACCUUAUUUCAUAAGCUUGCCACCGCAUGAUGAUAAAAUUUAUCGGUAAUAUCAUCAUUCCAUUUGUGUUUUCAAGUAUUGUAAUAAAAUAUACCCUGUAAAUAGAAUACUAAUAAAUUAUUGGAUGUGGUCCUUUCGAAAAUGACGCUUGUAAUUUGUGUUUUAUUUUAAUAACAGUGUCAAGUGUUGUGCUUACUGUUUGUUUAUUAUUAUAUUAUAUUGUGAAAUAUUCCAUACGUUGAAUUGGUAAUUAAAUAUAGUUGAGCUCAGGCUAGGUUUGAAUUAUCUAGUCACAAGUUACAGGUCGGGUCCACGAGAUUGCUUGAACAGAUUAAAAUACAGCACGAAUUUUGUAUAAUAUAAUUUAUUAAGCAUAAAACUUC